GUGUAUGAUUAACCGCCUGCACACUUGUUCAGUAUAACACCUGCAAAACGAACGUGCAGUUGUCUGUAAAACAUCAUGGUAGAAGGACAAAGCCUGGUUUUACCGAUUGAAUAAUUUACCUGCUCUUAAAUACUAGUACAUACGAGCUAAACAAUAGCCUAAAAACCACAGCACGAUCCCUGAAAGCACAAGCAGCAAUGUCCCUGACGAAAGCAGCUUUACAGGCAGGAAUGUUGAGCAGAUUUCACAGAAGCGCAGGACGAGUCUCCCUCUGCUCGGUGGCGAUCCGGUCCCCUCCGGCCGCCGCUUCCUCCUCAGGACCUCGGUUCUCUACAGCUGCUCCUCUCAAGAUGAAUGUACCACAGCCAGAAUGCUUGCAAAAGCCCCUGAAUGUCCCAUCAAAACUCCUGAUGGGACCAGGCCCUUCCAACAGUCCCCUGCGUGUGCAUUAUGCUAUGAUGAAACCUCUCUUGGGACAUCUGCAUCCGGAGUUUACUCAAAUCAUGGACGAAGUUAAAGAAGGGCUGCGGUACAUAUUUCAAACCAAGACAGAGGUUGUGUGUUGCGUGAGUGGCACAGGACACGCCGGCAUGGAGACCACUAUGUGUAACCUCUUGGAACCUGGUGACAAGAUUCUCAUUGCCCAGAAUGGCAUUUGGGGGGAGAGGGCGGCUGACAUGGCCAGGAGACACGAUGCUGAUGUACGCAUUAUCGAGAAGCCAGGAGAUACCUUUACCCUAGAGGAGCUAGAUGCCGCCCUCGCUCAACACAAACCUGCCGUCCUCUUUAUGGUCCAGGGAGAGUCAUCAACAGGGGUCUUGCAGCCGUUAGAGGGAGCAGGAGCUUUGUGUAGAAAACAUGGUGCCCUGCUUGCUGUAGACUGUGUGGCAUCAUUGGGAGGUGUGCCUUUUUACAUGGAUGGUUGGGAUAUUGAUGUGGUCUACACAGGAACCCAGAAAGUGAUAUCAGCCCCUCCUUCCAUGGCUCCAAUCGCAUUUAAUGACAGGGCGAUGGCUAAAGUACGGUCCAGAAAGACUCCAAUCAGAAGUUUCUACUCCGACAUGACUUGGCUGGCCAAUUACUGGGGCUGUGAUGGCACACCUCGCAAAUAUCAUCACACGGGUCCUAUCAGUGCCGUGUAUGCUCUCCGGGAAGCUCUAGCAAUAGUCUGCGAAGAAGGCCUAGAAUCUCUGUGGUCGAGACACGAAGCCUGUGCCAAGAAGCUUCACGAGGGUCUGGGUGCCCUUGGUCUAGAGAUGUACGUGUCCGACCCCAAGAAGAGGACCCCCACAGUGUCGACUGUCCGUGUUCCUGAAGGGGUCGAUUGGACCAGAGUCACCAAGUACUUUAUGUCAAACUACCUAGUUGAGAUUAGUGGAGGACUUGGCCCAUCUGCAGGGAAAGUGUGGCGUGUUGGUCUCAUGGGCUACAACUGUACCCCUGAGAAUGUAGAUUUGGUGCUCAGGAUAAUGAAGGAGGCUCUGGCAGAUGCCACAGGCAAGGCCCAAAAGUCAAAGAUCUAGAAAAAACAGCGAUUGAACAGCAAGUACUUGUCCAAAGUUACUGUGGUGUCCUUAGGAUACACAAGUAGCUGCUCAAGAACACUGAAAAUAUCAAAACUCAUUAGUGACUUAAUGGACUUCAUGGAUACUUUGUAUUUGGUCGAGUGAUUUGCUCAAAGAUUAUUGUUGUUUCCUGUUUUUUUAUUCCUUUUUUUCUUUUCUUUCUUUCUUUCUUUCUUUUCUUUCUUUUCUUUCUUUCUUUCUUUCUGUCUUUCUUUCUUUCU